AUGAAGCUCGGUUUUAAUACUAGAUUAGUUGCAAAAAGCUGUGAAUAUGGUCACACUAUUAAUACAUUGAAGCGUUUUAACCUUUAUCCUGAGGUGAUUUUAGGUAUAGCCUUCAAAUUAUUCAAAAAAGUAGCUAAUAAAAGUCAUUGGGUGGUGGAACAAUGCUGGCAAGUCAAUCGGGGUGACGACUUGCCACCUGUAGUCAGCUGUGAAGGAAUCGGUAAUGAACAUUAUUUUUAUAUCACCAUGGUUUUCGUCUUGGCGAGUACAGUCGCUACAUCAAUAUUUUUGUUUGGAGUUUUGCUCAGUGACACAAUAUUAGGUGGCACACUUGCAGUCUGCUGCUUUUUUUUCAAUCAUGGACAAGCCACGAGAGUACAGUGGACCCCUCCACUUCGCGAAUCCUUCGGUUAUCCCGUCUUUCUAGCGCAGAUACUUGUCAUCACAUAUGUGUUAAGAUAUAUCAAAAAUGGCUUCCUGUGGUCUCUUCUCAUUGCUUAUUUCACAACUACAUUUGUGCUUUUUUGGCAGUUCUCUGCAUUUGCACUCACUACUCAAAUGGGUUCAAUUUUCGUCACUUUUGUUCUUGAUUUUAUUCCAAUCAGGACGAUGAGCACUAUUGUUUAUGGUCAUGCGAUAGCAUUUUUUACUGCAUUUAUACUAUUAUUUGGUAACGAAAUGCUGCUUACUUCCUUUUAUUUGUCAAGCAUCAUCACCUUAUGGAUUAUUAUGUCUCUGGAUCGGUAUCUAUAUCUUAUCACUAAUCGGCCAUUCUAUAUUAUUGUGAAUAGCACACUAUUUAUUGCUGGUACCGUAGGUAUCAAAUUAACUAUAAGUCAUUUGAUGCGUGUGGAAGAUGACGCCCACAUAAUGGAUCUUCUUCGUGCCAAAUUUACAUCAUUUGCAAAUUUUCAUACACGUUUGUACACUUGCGCUAGAGAAUUCGAUUUUAUAGGAAGGGAGGAUUUAACAGAUCUUAUGAGAACACUUCUGUUACCAGCUGCGGCUUUAUCGCUUUUCCUCGUCUUCAUGUUUUUUUUACAUUAUGAGUCGUUGAUAUACCGCGAUAAAAUUCGAAUCAAACCAUGUGCAGAGAUCGUUUACAAUAUUAUCCAAUGUAUUUGUUUUAUAAUCAUGGCUUGCCUUAUCAUGCGUUUGAAAUUAUUCAUGACGCCUCAUUUAUGUAUUAUUGUGACAGUUUUAGCUAACUAUGAGUUCGUGAUACACACUGUGCAUUUUAACAUGCCAGAAUGGUUACAUCGAAUUCUAAUUGUUAUAUUAUUAGCAACUAUGGGUCAUCAGGGAAUAGUAAAUAUCCAAAAGCAAUGGGAAAUUCAGGGGGAGUAUAGUAAUCCCGAUCAAGAAGCACUUUUCAAUUGGAUAUCUAGUAAAACAAGAUCUGAUUCUGUUUUUGCUGGUCCUAUGCCAGUUAUGGCCAAUGUCAAAUUGUCUACCGGAAGACCGAUCGUGAAUCAUCCUCAUUAUGAAGAUGCUGGAUUGAGAUCUCGUACGCUCAAAGUUUACUCGAUGUUUAGCCGAAAACCGUUGAUAGAAGUUUACAAUACUUUGAAAGGAAUGGGUAUCAACUAUUAUAUUUUUCAGCCAAAUUGGUGUGACUCACGUAUGUCGAUACCGGAAUGUAGCUAUCGAGCAAUAUGGGAUUUGCAGGACCCAGAUAAUCGAAAGCGUGAAUCAUUAUGUGAUUUAAUUUUAGAGGUACUGAGUGGACGUCGUAUGGGAGCCCUUGCACCGUUCAAGAUUGUAUAUAAUGCCAGGAGCUAUGUUAUUUUUGAACUCUGA